AUGCCUGUUAUAUCAUCCUCAGUCGCCAACACUCCUUGCAUCAAUCUCGGUGUCCCUGGACUAUUGAAGAAGCUCAACACCAUCUUCGGAACGUCGUACAUUCUAGAUAACCCUUCCCUUCCCUGUCAUAUCUUCUUGGAGCGAAGAGAUGUGGCGACGCCUAUCAAUGGAGAUGAAUGGCCAGUGCCGGUAACUAAGGAUGUCAACUUCGACCUCAUCCGCAUUGAGAUGGUGAACGCGGGUGCAGAACGCGCAUGGACGCUCCAGGAGACCUACGAGGCUCCGACCAUUGGUAGGAAGACAGGCGAAGAUGGGUUUAUGGAAGAGGAGAUACAGGCGAGGUUGCAGGGUUGGCAUGCCUUCUCGGGCGAGAGGGGGAUACCAGCAUACGACGAGAGACAGUCUGAAGAGGAUGCGUGGAUUGCGCUGGUAGCUGUGAUGUCGCUCUGUAUGUGGGAGGAAUUGUUCUUCCGAUAUCCUCAAGCCGGGGACAGAAGCAAAAUUUGGCGACCGUCAUGGAGGCAGGUGAUGAACGAGGUGCUGCUAUCGGCCAAUCCCCGCUGGUUGGGGCGGAUUACGCGGUCGGAGGAGGGAUUGGACAUAGGAUCAUCAGAGGGGAAUCGCCGACAGGGAGAGUUGUUAGUCGUCGAAGAUCACUCUGGGGCAAAACAUACGUUCAAAUUUGUCGCCGAGUAUCAAUACCCGAUACCGGAAUGA